AUGAGGCAUGCUUCACUUUUUAAUCAAGAAAAAUUUGGAAAUUUCAAGAGCAUAUUAACAGAACUAGACAUUAGUGCACAGUUAGGUCGCACUUAUUGUUUCGUCGUUUUGCAAAAGAUCUUCUUGGAUACAACUAGACUGCUUGCGGAACAAACAGAUAAUCUUCCUGAUGAGAUCUGGAAUUAUGUGAAGGAUUGUAAAGUUGUUCAGACAGCAAUUCUGUUGAUGGCAGCGCAAAAACAUAUCCGUGGGGGAUCUUCCUACAAGAGAAAUGAUGAUCCUAAGUUAGAUGGGUUCACUACUAUCAAUAAUCGCAUCCGUCACUCCAUGACCUCAGAAUUGGGGAUGUGUCAAAAUGAAGAGAAACUACAGCAGCUGUGGUCGAAGUUCAAAGUUAUGUUAUCCUCAUCAUUGCUUAUUGAUAUAAUUUCCCAAGCUGGUGAAAUUAUUGGUGAUUAUACACGGGAUCAUCCUGAGGCUUCACAUGCGGAUAUUUUUGAACAAGUUUCAUCGAUUCUCAAGUCUUAUGGAUUUAAUCCCAAUGGACAAGACAUCGACAUUAAGAAUCUCUGCCCUUAUAAAUUUCGAAUGCCGAGUGGAGAGCUAUCUGACCAAUAUGGGAGCUUGGUUGCAACCAAGGCAACUACAGGUGUACCUGAUCUGCUUGCUGCAGAAAAAAAAGGAUGUUGGAAAGAAACUGACUAAAAGAUUGAAGCACAAAUACACAUGCCUCAGUUUCUUCCCGUAUUGGAGAUCAGUUUUAGCAUCCCAAUUUCCUGUGAAGGUGUUUCCAGGCCAUGCAAGAAGCGAUCCUAAGCAUGUCCUAGAUCUUGGACAAAUUGGCAGAUCUCGGAGUUACUAAACGGAUGAAGUAUCUUCACCAAUUCCAAAUGACCUUGGUCUUUUGGGAAGAAUUGCACAGCCAGGAAACUAUCAACCCAGAAGGCAUUUUGGUACAGCAUUUGCUAUCCUGAAGGUGUUAAGGAAAGCCUGAGUUAAAAGGUGAUGGGAGAGUUUCCCACUUACUGCUGUUUCCCUGCUAUUCAAGCUCAGUUAUUCAAGCUAAGCUAUUCAAGCUGGGAGGUGCUGUACAAGCAUUCAAAACUACCAUCAUGUUUGUUGCUCAUCAUAUAUAUUCUUAGCCUCCGUCAGAACUGUACUUCUUGCCUAAGGCAAUCAUCUGGAGCUUGUCGCGACGGCACGGAGGAUGUUCGUACCAGCACCCUUGAAGAGGAAUUUGGUAGAUGGUACCCUCCUUAGCAAGGAGCGGGGACCGAGUUCCACUGCAGUCGCUAUAGGGACUGCAAGUUAAGCGGUCGACAGCUGAGAGAGGGAAUACUGUUAAGCACUGUGCUGAGAGAGGGAAUGCUGUUCGGAACUGUUCAUGUUUUCAC